UGCGUGCGCGCUCCCUCCUAUCGCGUGGUGGUGGUCAUCCAUAUUGCUGGUAGUAGUGGAGAUUACCUAGUAAUAUUAGAGGUUUACGGAGGCUUUUUAAUGUUUUAACUUAAAGAAACCACUCUGCGUCUUAGACUGAAGGCUAUUUGGUCUAGGGGUGGAGUGGAGAGAGCAAAGACAAGAGGUUAUUCGCGGGAUACACGUUAUUUGUUGCUAGGUUGAAGGCGGAUUUGGGGGUAUCGUGUAGGGAAAAGGAGAAAUGGCCACGCAGGUGGAGGCUCUCCUGCCGAACAACCCUCUGCUGAACCCGGAGGACCGUGGGCAUGCAGGCCAGAUCAAACAUGGUGACGACCGUUUGGAGAAGGGGCCGAAAACGACGGGCGUUUCGGACGACUCGAACACCGUCAAGGGAACCGAUGCGGACUUGGGAGGGUGCACCACCAAGGAACAGUGUAUAAAGCAAGCGAAAGAAGAGAGCAACAACCAAGGGAAAGUGAAUUCGCCCGACGAAUCUCCCAGUGAUUCCCAGGAAGAUGUCAAAAAUAACAAAAAGGAGUUUACGGAGGCUCCACCGCCCAAGGUGAACCCAUGGACUAAGAAAAUGAACGCCGUCACCGUGGUCAGUGUAAACGGACAGGCACAUCAGGAGCCCACUGGACCAGCAAAGGUGGUGAAAGCGGGGAACCCCAGACCCCGGAAAGGAGCAAAGGUUGGGGACUUUGGUGAUGCCAAUAACUGGCCGACCCCUGGAGAGAUCGCCUCAAAAGACCAACAGACGGAGGGUAGCUCGAGCAGUGUGAGUGUUAAGGUGACUCGUGAGGCAGGCCCAACCACCUGCCGCCCCUCAGUUCCCAAGAAGGUGACUGCGAAGAAGGAGAAAGAGAAGGAGAAGCGGGAGAUCGAGGAGACCAAGGAGAACCAGAAGACCAAAUCAGACGACUCCGGAGAAGAGAAGAACGGCGACGAGGAGUCCCAGAAAAACGGACAGAAAAAGAAAGGCAACAAGCACAAGUGGGUUCCUCUGGUGAUCGAGGUGAAGUCUGAGGGCCCGCGAGAACGUUCCGCUUCCCGGAACAACACGCGCCAGAACGAGCCAUCCCGCAUGCCCCCGAACAGCAGGAACGACCUCCGCGAUUGGCACAGCGGGAAGUACGAGCGCGAGUUCCGUGACGACCAUGACGAGGUGUCGAGUGUCAAGAGCGAGGGUGCUCCGUUCCGUGCUGGGUUCCGAGGACGCGGCCGUGGCCGAGGGAGAGGAAGAGGCAGAGGAAGAGGAGGAAGCAGAGGACAUUACGACUACCAUUACGGCUACAAGGGCUACGAGGGGAAAGACGGCGCCUACGGCCCCAAGUUCCCCAACAGCUCCGUUUAUUACUACGACAACAUGAGCAGCCAAGACCUGUUCUCCGUGGACCAGGGUCUGCUGAAGGACUACAUCAAGAGACAGAUUGAGUACUACUUCAGUGUGGACAACCUGCAGAGGGACUUUUUCCUGCGGAGGAAGAUGGAUGAGGGGGGCUUCCUGCCCGUCACUCUUGUCGCCAGCUUCCACAGAGUCCAGGCCCUCACCACAGAUAUCAGCCUGAUCCUAGAGGCUUUGAAGGACAGCACUGUGGUGGAGAUCAUCGACAUGAAGAUGCGCUGUAAGGAGGAGCCCGACAAAUGGCCGCUGCCUGGCCUGGCCGCGCCCGACCAGAACCAGACGGAUUUCUCGCAGCUCGUCAACUGUCCCGAGUUUGUGCCCAGACAAGCCGCGGAGCCCAAGUCCAACACGCCACGCUCCUCCACGCCCAUUCAGUCCAAGCCAGAGGACGUGAGUAACCUGAAGACCAUGCCCAAGGGUCUGUCCGCCAGUCUGCCUGACCUCGACUCAGAGUCUUGGAUCGAGGUCAAGAAGAGGCCUCGGCCCUCACCCGCCAGGCCCAAGACCCCCUCGUUGCAGAAGGCGGAGGAGAUCCCGGUGGCCGCCACGCCGACCCCCGCCGCGCCGAGCCCGACGGCGGCCGCCAAGCUCCCGGAGGCCGAGGAGCCCGAGGAGCUGGACUUCAUGUUCGACGAGGAGAUGGAGCAGAUCGACGGCCGCCGCAACACCUUCACCGACUGGUCCGACGAGGAGACGGACGGCGAGAUCGACGACCACGACGUCAACAAGAUCCUCAUCGUCACGCAGACGCCGCCGUACCUGCGCAAGCACCCCGGCGGAGACCGCACCGGCAACCACACCUCGCGCUCCAAGCUCACCUCCGAGCUGGUCAAGGUCAUCAACGACGGACUCUACUACUACGAGCAGGACCUGUGGGACGACACCUACGAACCCGAGUACGCCCAAAUCAAGCAAGAGGUGGAGAACUUCAAGAAGGUUCACCUGAUCACCCGGGAGGAGUUUGAUUGCCUGACCCCGGAGCCCCCCGUCGACCCCAACCAGGAGGUGCCACCGGGACCCCCACGCCCACAGAACAUCCCCACUGACGCUCUGGCCAACAAGCUGUUCGGCGCCCCCGAGCCGUCGACCAUCGCGCGCUCGCUGCCCACCACCGUGCCUGACUCGCCCAACUACCGCAGCGCCCGCACCCCGCGCACCCCCAGAACGCCACGCCUCAAGGACCCCACGCAGACGCCACGCUUCUACCCCGUCGUCAAGGAGGGACGCGCCGUCGAUGCCAAGACCCCGCGGAAGAGGAAGACCCGACACAGCUCCAACCCGCCUAUGGAGUGCCACGUGGGAUGGGUCAUGGACUCCAGAGAACACCGCUCACGUACUGCCUCAGUCAGCUCCAAUGCCAGCCCCUCCGAGGGCACCCCGGCCCUGGGCAACAUCGGCUGCACCCCUCAGUCUCUGCCCAAGUUCCAGCACCCCUCCCACGAGCUGCUCAAGGAGAACGGCUUCACACAACACGUCUACCACAAGUAUCGCCGCCGCUGCCUCAACGAGAGGAAGCGUCUGGGCAUUGGUCAGUCGCAGGAGAUGAACACGCUGUUCCGGUUCUGGUCCUUCUUCCUGCGGGAUCACUUCAACAGGAAGAUGUACGAGGAGUUCAAGCAGCUGGUGGUGGAGGAUGGCAAGGCUGGAUACCGGUAUGGCCUGGAGUGCCUGUUCCGCUACUUCAGCUACGGCCUAGAGAGGAAGUUCCGGCCCGACAUCUUCAGAGACUUCCAGGAGGAAACCAUGAAAGACUAUGAAGCUGGCCAGCUGUACGGACUGGAGAAGUUCUGGGCCUUCCUGAAGUACUCGAAGGCCAAGACCCUUGAGAUCGACCCCAAGCUCUCAGAGUAUCUGAGCAAGUUUAAACGCCUGGAGGACUUCAGAGUGGAUCCCCCGAUGGAGGAAGGCGGUCGCAAGAGGCACUCAUCCAGCGGAGACGGCCGUCGCCGCCACCCCUCCCACGGCUCGCACGCUCCCCUGCAGCAGGCCGGCCGCCCCCCCUCCUCCUCCUCCUCCCAGGGCAGCGCCCGCGACGAUGCCAAACCCAGCGCCCAGCGGAGCCCCGCGCUCGACGCCAAGCCCCAGAAGUAGCCCCGCCACACGCCGGCGCGUCACGACUCUGCCAUCGCCCCCCCUCUCCACUCCCUGUGACCCCCCCCUCCCCCCACCUCCUUCUCCCACCCCCCCCCCCUCCCCGAGGACCGCUGUCCAGCGCUGUGCAAGCAUGACACCAAAACAAACCAACGCAAGCGUACGUAACGCGGACACCAACGACAGCAGCGCCCGGAUGGAAAAUAUCAAAGCUCUUCCAUUUUAUUUUUUAUCUUUUAUCUUACAUUCAUUUUUUUUUUCUCCCAUUUCCUUGACGUUUAAAAAUGGAAAUGACAAAAGGUGUCAUGAUGAUGAUGAUGAUGAUGAUGAUGAUGUUGAUGGUGUUAAGGGCUGGAGAGAUUUUUAUUUUAUUUUUAUUUUCCUUUGGGAUGUCGCAUAUCAGAGUUGUUAGUUUUUAUUUUCCUGCUCUGGGAUUGGCUGGAUCUGCAGUUUUGGAUCGUUGGAUUGGCUGGAUUUGGACGAGCCCAUCCCCUAGCCCUCCUCAGUCUCUCUCUCUCUCUCUUUCUUUCUCUCACUUUCUCUCUCUCUCUCUCUCUCUCUCUCUCUCUCCUCUCUGUACCCCCGCUCCCACUUCUCGCCGAGCUGAGCUGUGCUACGCUGCGAGCGGACUCCAGAAAUGGCCGCUCAUCGCUCAUUCCCCUCUAUCUAUCUCUUUCCCUCUCUCCCUCCCUCUCUCCCUCCCUCCCUCCCCCUCCUCUCUGUGCUUUUACGACUUCUUUUCCGAGAGCCGCGUGGGAAUUCUUAAGUUGGACAACGAGAGAGAAACUUUUUGUGUUGACCUGAACAUUUGGAGGGCCGAGGGAGAGAAAAAAAAAAUGCAUAAAGAAAAAAAAACAAAAACAAAACAAAGAAACUUUUAUGUUGGGUUGGAACCUUAUGAAUUGAAAAGUGAGCAAAAAGAAAAAAAAAAAAACUGUUGACUAGCAGUGGGGCUGGAUUUAAAUAUAUAUAUAUCGAUAUAUAUACAACAAGCAAAAGGAGGACAAAUAACGAACAAAAAGACUGAAGACCCCCCCUGUCUCUCGUCUCCUGCGCCUGAUGGAGCUGACUGAAAGAUGCCUUAUUUACUUUAAUGGUUCUCCGCUUACUUCGCGCCGGUCACCUUAAUGUUGAUGGACAGCAUUUACCCUGACUAUAUGCAACUGUGCGCACACACACUCGUACACUAACACACACACACACACACACACACACACACACACACACACACUCUCUCUUAAUCACUUUAACUGGGAUACCUUCAGUCUUCCACAUAUCAUAAGGUCUGUUGUAGAAGUCCCUUAGUGUUGGGGUGUGUGUGUGUGUGUGAGAAUAGAAGCGCCCUCCUUCAUAACGGACUGGAAGUAUCAUCUUAAUCAUCCAGAAUACUUGAAGACCAAGCUGCAUCCUAGAUGCCGACACGCAUACCUGUGUCCACAUAAACACACACACACACACACACACACACAUACGCAUGCAUGUACAAACCAAACAAAUGCAUGAAUUUGACCCUCCCAAACAACACGAACACAUACACAUACACAUACACAUACACACAUACAAACACAUGCGCGCACACACACACACACACACACACGGCCAUACACACCCCAUGUUGUCGCGUAACCACCCUUAACCUGGAAUUGUAAAUGUCCAGUGCUCCAUCUCCCCAAAGCUGACGAUCACAUCUGCCUUACAUGCGUACAUUAAGAUCUCCUGGUAUUUACUGACAAGUAGCCGGAGCUGAUGGACAGAGGAAAGGGGAGGGCGGCGACCUUUGACCUCCGAGCUUCCGAGGUCCACGUAGCCAUCAAAGGGAAGUGUGACAUCACCAGGUCGGGCGCUCGAGACGCGGUGCUGAGGCGUUGUGAGCGCGUGCGGAGACCUGGGGUGCAUGCUGGUGUUUGGUGACCUCCGGUUGACCUCUGGAUCCUCCAUUGCAGUGGGCCUUUGUUUACAGUUGCUAAGCUGCAAGGAAGGAAGAGGAAGGAAGGAAGGAAGGCAGAGCCUGGAGCCAGGCGGGAGGAGCCUGUCCAUGCUCUGCGGCCUGCGACGUUACACGUCUCCGGAAGCCGUGGUUGCUCUUGGCAACACUUCUGUCUUUUUGAGUGGACAUGGUGAUGUCUGUGUAAAUGUUUUUUUUCCCCUCCUUGUCUAGCAGUAGGCCAUUUGUUACAUGAAUUUUAUUUUUUAUUGUCUUUUAUUUCUAAACUUUUAAAAAAAAACAUUGGAUUGGGAGGAGGGGUUUAGUGGGUGCUCCCAGUCUUCAGGCAUGACCUCACACCCAUUUUAUCCAAUCACAAUCAGGAAUAAUAAUCACCUAGCAACGGAAACCUGAAACCAACUGCACUGAGGCAGGAGCUGCUGCGUCUCAACGGCCAGCGAUAUGCUGUGUGUGAGUCUGCAUGCGUGUGUGUGUCUGUCUGUGUGUGUGACUGCGUGUGUGAGCGUGCGUCAACGGCCAGCGAUAUGCUGUGUGUGAGUCUGUGUGUGUGUGAGGCUGCAUGCGUGCGUGUGUGUGUGCCCGUGUGUGUGUGUGUGUGUGUGUGUGCGCGCGUGCGUGCGUCUGUCUCAGGUGCGAUGUCUACAGAUCAGAGGACUAGGGACUGAGGGGGAUUUAAAAAAAAAGGACAAAAAGAUUCCAUAAAGCCAUAUAAAUAACUCAACUAGCUGUACAUGAUCCAUUGAAAUGUUAAUAGGUGCAUUAGCAGUUCAGAUAUGUUAGGCUCGUCAUGAAAAACUGAUCAAAAUGAAGAAAAGGAACAAAAAAAUCUAUAAAAUGGAAAAAUGUAAAAUACUUGAAUGAGAAUCUUGUAUCAUAACAUUUAAUAUUCAUAAUAUCUGCUUUGUAGGCUGAUGUGAUUCGCUGUUAGUGUUCUUUGUAAUUUGUAGUAAUUAUGCUUUUCCUUAAUAAUAAAAAAAAAACACAAAACGGACAAAAAAACCUUAAA